CAGGGUAGCGAGAAGAAAGCUGCGGUAGAAUCAUCCUCCCUGCUAUGCUAGUUUUUUCUUUGCAGGGACAUUGCAAAAUAUAGACCAUCUCUUUCCUCCCCCCCCUUCUUUUUUUCUUUUUUUUUUUUUGCGGUGUGCGUGUGUGCAGUAUGAAAUUCAACACUCCAUUCUGCCACCUGGUUUUGCUACACUUGAUCUGGACUCUCCGUCUGGAGAAGAAAUGGUCAUCCAUUGGACACUCUUUCUUUGGACAUGGCAAAUAUCGUUACAGGUGGCCCAGAAGGGAUCUGGUUUAAUGUCAGGAAUCUCUACCUUGGAAGCAGUGCCUCAUUUGGGAAGUUCAGCGUGACCAGCUUGGAAUCCUGCCGCCUACUUAAAAAACACAAAACUGCACACACGACCAGCUUGUACAACCCGCCUUGCAACUUUAUAUGAAAACUCCUCACUAACCAUGACGGGGGUAUUAAAAAGGAAAUACGACGAAUUGGAAGAUGACCCUCCGUAUUCCUCCUCUUCCUCCUGCUCGCCCUUCUCUUCCUCUUCUUCAGCUUCUUCAGGCUGGGAAUCCGAUGAGGAAAACUCGCGAGGCGGAGGCCUCAAGCCCAGCUCCGCCUUUACCUCCGAUUUCACCCCCACGUCCAUCCUGAAGAAGAGCAAGCGGUUGAAGCGGAACAAUGUGGAGUUCGACCGGGUCACCGUCUUCUACUUCCCGCGCUGCCAGGGCUUCACCAGCGUGCCCAGCCGCGGCGGCUGCACCCUUGGCAUGGUCAGCAAGCACGGCUUCUCCCGGGAGUUCACCUUGGCUGAGUUUUCCAAGGAACAGGAAGCGGUUCGCCGGGAGAAGCACAAGGAGCGCUUGAAAGAGGAGAAAUUGGAGGCCUUGAAGUGGAAACUGACCCUGAACGGUACGAAAGAGUCCGAGGAGGCCAACCGGCUCACCACGGAGGACAUCUCGGACGACGAGGCGGACGCCAACGGCGCGGAGCCCGAGGACGGCUUCUUCCUCCAGCCCUUCCCAGCCAAGAAGAGGCGGGCGCUCCUCAAGGCCCUGGGCGUCAAGAAGAUCGACAAAGAGGAGAAGCGGGAGCUGCACGGCAUCCGCCUCUCCCGAGAGGACUGCGGCUGCGACUGCCAGGAGUUCUGCGAUCCGGAAACCUGUAGCUGCAGCUUGGCGGGCAUUAAAUGCCAGAUGGAUCACACGUCUUUCCCUUGCGGCUGCACCAAAGACGGCUGCGGGAAUACGGAAGGGAGAAUCGAGUUCAACCAGGCCCGGGUCCAGACCCACUUCAUCCACACCAUCAUGAAGCUUGAAUUGGAAAAGAACCAGCAAAGCGACGCGAGGAGCCCAGCACCCGAGCCCCCCUUCCGGGAGCGGCUCCACCCGUUCGGGUGUCUGGUGGGCAAGGCGGCGUUCGAGGAGAGGACUGUGCCCCUGGCGCCCGCCUUCCAGUUCAACACGGACUUGGAGACGAUCGGCGAGAACAGCUGCAGCAGCGACAUGACGGACUCCUCGGUGUCGUCCAGCCAGAGUGAGGACCUGGAGGAGUCGUACGAGGCCGCCCCGUCCGAGAAGUCCCAGUCGGACGUGGACGACGACGGCUUGGCUCGGAUCCUCCACUUCAACGAUUCCGACGCGGAGGACGGCGGCGGCGGCACCAGCAGCUGCCAGGACAACUUGAGCUCUUUCCACCCGACUGGCUUCUUCAGCGUGGACGUGGAGGACCAGUGUGCCACCAACGCUGCCGGCAACGCUUUGAGCCACUUGCCGUAUGUCACGGAAUGUUUAGACGAAAACGCCAAUCAGGGAGCGGGUUGCUUCCUUGAGGAGGCCUCCACGGGAGCUCAGUGUGGGGGGAUCCUUUCCUGCGCACCAUCCUCCGCGGCCGAUCAGGGAUCCAAGAGCUAUAUGGAUCUGAGCCUCUCUUCGGACUCUCUGGAUUUCUUCCAGUCAUUCUCGGACUACAACCUGGGACCUCUCUACAACUCCUUGAAAGAGUACGAGAACCUGGACAACUUUUCAGCGCUGCAGCUCCAGUUGCCAAACUUCCCCAGCUUGUCCCAGUCUGGGGAUCAGAGCGCCUGCUUUCUAGAGUCCCUGAUUGGCUUGUCCGAAUCUGUCCCAGAAACCCCUGCGCCUUUUACAGACAAUCAACUUCUAGAAGAUGCCAUUAAGUCGUCGCUCAUGGAGACAGUGAAGGUUUAACUUCUGUUCUUUUUAAGAAGCGAGGUGGGGAAGAGACCUUCAGACACGUAAAACAAUAUACCCACAUCAUUGAUAAAUGAACCCUCUCCGCAUAAGAGGAGGAAGUGCUACAAAGAUCUUUCUAAGGGGGCAAAUUUUAAUGUUUUGCUCCUUUUUGGACACUUUGGUUGGAGGGGGGGGAACCGCAGCUACAAUCAGUUUUCUUACUGCUUGUGUAAAAUUUUUGGCCUUUUCAUGGCAUGGGGGUCGGGGUGGGGAGGGAGAGGGGAAAAAGAGAAGACGACUUUUGCAAACUAAACACAAUUUUCCUGCGUUUUGUACAGGGCUGGGGGAGGGCGACCUCGUGAGAAGUAUUCCUUGCGUUUUAACACUUUGGUCCUCCACAGAGCACCUUCUGCGAACACUUUCAAAAGUUAACCGACAGUUUUCUCAAACGACUUCGGGAAUUACACACAUAUAUAUAUAUAAUUAUAUUUAUUGUGAAAUUGAUUUGCUCGAAAAGCGAGCCCUUGUUUAAAUGGGAAAACGUUUACAGAAAAAAAGAGAGGCCCAUACACUAUUAAGUAGACAUCAUUUCCCUCCAUCCCCCUAUUUAUUGCAAAAUUGCAAUUUUAAAAGAGCCACCAAUGCUUGAUCUGAGCACGAAAUCUUAUUUAAAUUAGUCAUACCUGAGAUGUAUUAUGUGUACAAUCAUAUUUUUUUGCAUAAUAUAUCUGUAUUUAUUUAUUUGUUCCUCCCCCCCCUCCCCCCCCCCGGUACCUGAAUAGCGCUGUGGGUUUAUCGGGGAACUGAAGGCAGUAGCCCAGGGCUUAAAGGCUGUAUUUGUGUUGGGUAACCUUUUUCUUUGGGAUAAACAACAAAGAAGACAUUUGCUUCCGAGGCAGUCAAAUGCUUUUUCUGUCUCUUCCAUGAGCCGUGGAUCUACACUACAGACGUAAAAUCCUCUUCUGUUCUCUUGGCUUCCUCAAGGGAACCUUGGAGAAUUGUGUAGACUUAGGAGGGGGUUGAGAAGUCUUGGGGGUGAGUCUCUUCAACCUCUCCCCCCUCCCCCGAUGAUUGUGGCGGGUCCUCGCAGGGUGUGUCUUAAAUCGGAUCCAACCCAGUUUAGUUUUGCAGUGCAGAUACGGGCCACGAUAAGAGUGUUUGGCCCGGUUUCAAGGUCAUUUUUUCUUUGUGCUGCUUCCAAAAUUCAGGUGCGGUGCAGUAAAAGGGCUUGGUGUUGUGUAUCACAGCUAUGGCUUUGAAGAGCAUUUGAGCCUUGGAAGUUCUGAGUGCAGGGCGCUCUGAAUCCUGGGAUAGAGCAGAAAUGGCACACACCUUACCCAUCUUAGCAACCCUACAUGUGGAGAGUUGUCCUGGGUUGCAGCGUAAGGGGACGGGUGGUGUGUUACUUCUAUUUAAGAAUAUAAAUACAUCAUGAUUUCUACAGUUCCAUUCUUGCAUAAGACUUGUAGCUAUGUGUGUUGAGUCCAUCUUUUUGCUAUGAGCAAGUAAUAACACCCUAAACUAUGAAGAGAAAAGAAAUGGGGUAUGAACUAUUUAAAAAAAAAGAGCAAAGGUUACAUUGUGUUGUAAAUUAUUUUCUAAUUUAUUUUAAUUUACUUAAGGAUUUGGCCAUGAGACCUUUACCGAACGAAUCUGAUCUAUUUAUAGUGUCCAAAUAUACAGAAGAAGCCAGGACGAAGCUCUCCUCGGUACUUGGAAAUGGAGAAGGGUUUUAUUAGAGAGGAAUCAAAACCAGAGAUUUGCCAAACCAGGAUAUUUAUAAAAGGUGUACAAAUAAAGCCAUGGCAAUCUUGGUUGCUUUAUGUUGCUAUUGAACCCUAACCCCAAACCUAUAUCUGAAUAUGAAGAAUUUGGAAGGCUUGACUCACUGAAGAACAUGUAAUUUUGUGUUUCCCCAAGCUAGGGCACUAAAGCUGUCUUGGUCCAGAACUCCCAUCAUUCCUAUCAACCCUACUGGCUGGGAAUGAUGGGGAUUGCAGUUCAGCUGCAGGGCACCAGGUUGGGCUCAGCUGAUGUAAUAGGGAAAUGGUACAUUUAAAAUGGUGGAGAGCAAGCCAGGACGGGCAGUUUCAGUUACAGAAAAGGGGAUACUUUUCCUCCCCUCUUGGCUGGGAUGUGUUGGCUGCCAUUUUUUUUUUUUUACUAGCCCUCUCCAGUUUGUGGCAUGUUGUCUCCCCCACCCCCCUGUAAACCUCCCAAGAUGGCAGUCUUUGAAUUCGACAUGUCUAGCCACCAGAUGCCAGCAUCAUCCAGUAUGGUCCUGUGUUUAGGUGCAACCUGUGGACUGUGAAUUGCUCCUCCCAGGAUCAGGGACCUUGCAGGCGGAUAGGUGUGUACUUAAGCUGGAUUGCAAACAUGACACUCUUUGGCUAUUUGCAUAUAAUGGGACAUCGAAAUCUGUAUAUUAAGACACAAGUGCCUAUGCCAGCAGUACCAAUGUGUAUUGAUCGGGUGUGUUUGUGUGUUCAGACGUUCCUCUGUGAUCCUUGAACUGAGCAAUAAGCCAAAUCAGAAAAGUCAGUGGGUAGAUCUUAGUUGCAAUUGUUGGAAACCUUGUGUGCUUUAAAGGAGGUGACCCUGAGCAGAAUCUGUGCUCACACACACACCCCUGUUGUGUUCAGCUCUUGUUGCAUUUCAGUGAGGCCCGUAGAGGACCAACACAUUUAUGCCUGCACGGUGCCAUUUGGGCUGAAUAAAACCAUGUCCCCAACACACCAAAAUGCACCCUCCCCUUCCCCUUAAAAUGCCACUCUCAAAAAUCAAAGCAGCUGCUUUUAAGAGCUGAAACAAAAAUAAUUAUCUGGUUUUCUUUUUCAUGGCAAUAAUAAUGAUAACUGGGUAUGACUGCCAUCUCUUACAAAAUUCCCUUAGGUGAGAAGAGUUACCUUUUUUGGGACUCGUUUCGGAUGGCGUGAUGGUUUAGGGAUUGUUUGCCCUGCACCACAGGAGAGCGAAAUCCUGUUAUUUUGGUAAGGGAAAAAAUUGAUGUCCUUGCCACUCUGAGAUUAUAAACCCUGCACUUUGACCCUCCACAAAGCACCCAGAAUUCCUUCUACACUGGAACCCUUUGGGGAAACUUUGUGCCAUCUGGUCUAUGCAAAGAGGGCUUUUUAAAAAUAAUAAUGAUGAGUAGUUAAGAGAAAAUAUCUCCAGAACAAUGUGGCAUCAGUGCAAAAGGGUAAUUCCACUGUGGGCAAUUUUUUUAAAAAAGUAUUUAACUUUAAAAUAUAUAUCUAUAUCCCCCUUGUUUUUGUAUUUAAUUGGUGAUUCUUUUAUUCAGCCUAUAUUAAAUAAUUAUUGCUUUAAGAUGUGUUUGGUACUAGGUUAUUUUUUCUGGCACUAAAGCAACAAUUUUAGAACAUUCCUUUUUCUCUCUGCAUAUAUAUGUUUUAAAAUGAAUGUUUGGAGAUUCAGAGGUAAAAACCUCUCCUGCCUUCAUUACCCCCCCUCUAAUUUAUUCACUUUAUUUGUGUUGGUGCCAAAUUGCCCCCCACACACACACCAGGGUGCACUGAAUUGUAAAUAGAUAUAUAUAUAUAUAUUUCCCCUUUCUGUAUCUUGUAUAAAAUGUUGCCUGUUCAAGCAGUUUUACUUUAAAAAAACAAACAAAAAUAAAACUGGGUAUUUAUUGACACAAUCUGUAAUUAUCUAAUGUAUUGAUUGAAACACUUUGGUUUCAACAGCUUUGUUUGCUUCUUCUGUGUAUAUAUUGUGCUUUUAUGUUGCUUAAAGGUACAAGUUAAAAUGCUUUUAUUUUUAUCUCUAUUUCCCCCCUCCCUUUUAUUUGUAGUAAAAAAAGACAAAAACAAAACCCCCCACAAACUUCGCAUUCUCUGCCUUCACGCUGCUGUCUCUCAUUUCAUCGAAGCAAUAUGAAGAAAUUUUCAUUACACUUUCAAUAAAAACAACUUUUGCUUUGGAAAACA